AACCCGUCCAUGUGGGAGUCCUGUAUGGACUACAAUUAACGAUAAAACUACAAACUGAAGACGCUUUCUUAACGUGAAAAUGGACGAAGAACAUACGGCCGGGUACAGGCAGCCCUGUGCUGUGUGUUCAGCGGUGGAUUGGGGAGUUUCAGACGAGGGUCGUUUCUACUGCAGAUCCUGUCACAACGUCAUCGAGAGAACCAGAGAGGUGGUGGAUCCCAACAUCACUCCGGGACACAGCAGGGUCUCCACCAUGGGCCGAGGACCCCGAACCAAGAGAGCCGAGCGCGGCCGUCAGUGGGUGAUCUGCGAGGGUUUCCAGUUCAUCCUGAAGCAGCAGGCCGACGCUCUGCUCAGACUGGGAGUCAAUCCGAGUUUUAAGGAUGAUGUUUUGUGUCAGCUGUGGAGGAUCUACCUGCAGAAGAGUCGACCGUUCACACACAACCCAGUGAGGGCGUCCGUCUUCAGAGUGAGAGGUCCGGACUCGGAGUCGGACAGUGCAGCCGAGACGUCCGUCAUGUCGGCCAGUGAGACGGACGGAGACACGAACCUGUCCACCGCCGGCUCCAACGCAGGAGGCUCCAGUGAUUGGUCGCAGUGUUCGGGCUCGUUGGACACCACUGCGUACCUGUCGUCUCAGAUGAGGAAUUCCCACUGUCUGAUGACCAUGAGGAAGACUCUGGCUCUGAUCCACCUCGCUCUAGUCUGGAUCCACGAGCCGCUGACGCUCAGUGACCUGCUCAGGUUGGUGAAUGAAGGUCACGUCCCGUACUUGAACGCUCACGAAGAACUCCCCGACGAGAUGAAGCUCGAAGGCAAAGACGCUCUCGUCUUCAGAGUUAAGAGAAUCCCGUCACACCAGGCGCUGCAUCAGGAGGCCCAGACUCUGAUCCUGUUCCUGCAGCUUCCUGCUUUUCCUCCAAUCAGCCGACAGAGUCUGCUGCACCCGGCUCUGCUCAGCGUGCGCUACCUGACGGACGCUAAUCUGCCCGACGAGCUCCACCCGUGGGUCUGCCUGCUGAUGGAGCGCGCCAACAUGGCGGAUCAGACGUUGCACACUUUCGACCGCUUGUCUCGUCCCGUCCUGCCGCAGUACGACGUCCAGACCGCCGCCCUCAUCAUCGUCACCAUGAAGCUGGUCUUUGGCCUGGAUGACUACACCGAGUGGGAAUUAUCCAACGAAGCAGCCGAUCAGGACGACACAGGAAACAUGUUUAAUGUGAGGCGGUGGUUCAGACAGACGCAGGCCGCUCUGAUCCGAGCUCAGCGGAGGAGAGAGCGCCACGUCGCCAGGAAACAGUGGACGGCAAAGAAACCUCUGUACACCAACAACACCAACAAAUAUGGCAACAUCAAGAGGAGAAGAAUCGCGGAGCAGGUGCAGAUCUGUUUUGAGAGGCUGUCCUCUCGGCCGGCGGGCGUCGAGCGCGUCCAACCGUCCAGCUUCAGGUUCUGCUGGGGGGACGAGGACGGAGCGGACGGUCCCAGUCUGCACCAGAAGAAGCUGGACGGAGUCCUGACCCUCAAAAACAACAUCUGGACCCCCGUGAACUCGACGUACUGGCACCCUGGGCUCCAAACCUGCAACCCCCGGAGCUGCAUCAGUCAUUACUCGGAGGCGGCGCUGCCUCGGACCUUCGUCUGGCUGCUGCAGCUCUUCUGCUUCAUGCUGGACGUGAAGCCGGCGUGCCUGUACGAGGACGUGCUGAGGGUGGAGAGACGCGUCCUCAGCGGCACAGGACAAAAGAGGACGACGGGGACAGAGAGCGGGAAGAGGACAGAGAGCGGGACGGGGACAGAGAGCGAGACGGGGACAGAGAGCGGGAAGAGGACAGAGAGCGGGACGGGGACAGAGAGCGGGACGGGGACAGAGACACCAGAGGACACAAGAGCAGGACAAGGACAGAGAGUGGGACGGGGGAAGAGAGCGGGACAGGGACAGAGAGCGGGACGGGGACAGAGAGCAGGACGAGGACAGAGAGUGGGACGGGGGAAGAGAGCGGGACAGGGACAGAGAGCGGGACAGGGACAGAGAGCAGGACGAGGACAGGGAGCAGGAAGAAGACAGAGAGCAGGACGCCACAGAGGGGACGGGAAACAAGAUUGA